AGACAAUGUUUCAUCAUGAAAACAUUUCAACACAACCCAACAUUGCAAGUGCAUUAACAUGUUACACACACACACAUUUCUUUUUUGUUACUUGAAAUUUCUCUGAGGUAUCAUAAACAAAUCAUAGAAAACAAAACAUGUCUCUUUCAAGAGCCAAUGAUACUGAGAUGAAGGAAUCUGCAACAACAGGAGCACCUUCAUCUUCAUCUUCUUCAUGGAAUAGGUUACCUCCUAUGCCUCCAAAUAGAUUUGAAGAUAGCGAUGAAGAUCUAUUUGAAGUUCCGGAUGUGGAAGGUACACAAUGUCAAAGUGUCCAUUCUGAGUUAACAAAUCAAAAUAGUAACCACAAUCAAAGCAAUGUAACUGAUGCUCAACUUCAAGCUGGCUUCCCCGGAAAGCGCCGCCGCGGAAGAAACCCGGCAGACAAGGAACAUAGACGUCUCAAAAGGUUGCUAAGGAAUAGGGUCUCGGCCCAACAAGCCCGUGAAAGAAAAAAACUGUACGUGAAUGACUUAGAAUCAAGAGCUAAAGAGUUUGAAGAUAAGAACUCCAAUUUAGAAGAACGUAUCUCAACUUUGACCAAUGAAAACACCAUGCUCCGAAAGGUUCUUAUGAACACUAGACCCAAAGUUGAUGAGAGCAAUGAAGGUUAGACAGGGAUAUAAGGUUCUUCUAAAUUAGGGCAUUGUUUAUGAGGUAGUAUUAUAUACCUCACUCACAUGUGUACCACUAUUACUUAUUUAUAAAAUUGUGUAAUUCAUUAUGAACACUAGUAUUAUUUCCCAAAAAAAACUGAUAGUUUACAUUUUUACUUUUAAAUUGUGUAAUUCAUCAAUUAUAUUUAAAA